AUGGAGGAUCUUACAAACCAUUGUAAAGGUUUGUCGAUUUCGGACACAGAAGGGCCAACUUUCGACCUUGAGGAGGAAUUGGCUAUGCCAGAAUAUAUCAUUGCUGGAAAAUUCUAUACAAGAAGGGCUCUGAAUAUGGAAGCUAUAGCUUCGACUUUUAUGCCAUUAUGGAGAUCUAGGAAUGGCUUCAAAGUCAAAAAUAUGGGAAACCACAUAGUCCUCUUCACGUUUGAUAAUAAGCAUGAAGUGGACUCCAUUCUUUCAAAUGAACCUUGGAGCUUUGACAAGCACCUUUUGGUGUUGCAACGUUACGACAAGGAUGAGCCAAUUGAGGAUUUGAAAUUUAAUAGUACAACGUUUUGGGUGCAGGUACAUGACAUCCCAGUGCAGUUCAUGAAUCCAAAGGUGGCGGAAGGGAUUUGUAGUACUAUGGGCACGGUUGUCCAGAAGUCUGAGACGGAGACGAAUGGGGGGAGUUUUAUGAGGGUAAGAGUCAACGUGGAUGUCACUCGCCCACUAAGUCGAGGAAGAAUGGUAUUAGUUGGCCAAAGUAGAGAAAAGUGGGUCUCUUUCAAGUAUGAGCGCCUACCUAAUAUUUGCUAUUGGUGCGGUUGUCUUAACCAUGAUGAUAGGGACUGUGAGGUGUGGCUUGAUAGUGAAGGCUCCCUAAAAGUUGAAGAACAGAAAUUUGGCCCUUGGCUUCGUGCUCCACCUGUAAGUCGAGUACAAAAAAAUGUAAUCUCAGUGCCCGGAAUUUUUCACAAAAAGAAAGGAAGCACGUCUACUCCAACAGCUCUGGUUCAGCCAAGGCAAGCCCCGGCAAAGUCCACGGUGUCCUCGGCAGCUCAUACAAUUCCAGCUGACGUGGACCAAUGCAGCGUGGAACAAUCAAUGGACCAUUUAAGUGGAUCGGUUACAACUGAUGCACUUAAUUCUCCCACGGUUUUUGAGCAGAGCAAUCUUCAGGUUGGUCCGUUGGAGAAUAAAUUAGAUAGAGUGGUAGGUGAUGUAAAGAAGGUUGAUAAGCCACCUGUAGGGGAACGGACUGCCAGCCCAUCAGGAAUUAAUCUGCAUUUACUCCCUUCCAAUAAUGACCCGGAUUAG